CAGAGAUAAAAUGCAAAGAGAGGGCUAAAACUUAAAAAGCCAAACACAAUAUCGAAAUAUGCAGUUUCAGUCUGGACCAUAAAGGGAAGCAGAAGAAAGAUUAAGAAUAAUAAAAAGGGGGCAAACUCCGGUCACCUAGCCCUAACCCUAACCCUAAACCCUAAAUCCGCAUCUUCGUUGCAGAUAUUAGAUCGCCAGAAACUUUGCCACUUUCGAUCCUAUUAUAAUCCCUAAUCCAACUUACCCCAACGACGACGACGGUGCGUGGUGUUCACGCGCCGACUUUCAGUUUCGAGUUGGAUUAGUAUAUCAGGAAUGGCAACUGCAGAACCAUCAUCUGCUUCCCUUGGACCGCGUUAUGCCCCAGAGGAUCCCACUCUCCCUAAACCUUGGAUGGGAUUGAUUGAUGGAAGUACUGGCCUUUUAUACUAUUGGAACCCUGAAACCAAUGUCACACAGUAUGAAAAACCAGCCUCAGUGCCUCCACCAUUGCCACCUGGCGCACCUCCUCCUCUUGUUAUACCUAAGUUGCCUCAGAUAACAGUGGUGCAUCCAGUACAACUGAGUGGCUUGGUGGCUCAAACCACUCAGCAAACAAUGCAACAGCAGGGGCAACAGAGCAGUCAGUUACCUCAGCAGGCUCAAGUGACACAACAACAGGGGCAAGAGAUCAGCCAGUUGCCUCAACAGCAUGGACAAUUAAUGCCACAGGAACAGGGGCUCCCAGGGGCGCAAGUUUCUAAUCGGCAGGUUGUCCAACAACAAGGUUCACAAAUGUCACAGGGCAUGCAACAGCCAGGGCAACUGAGAGCACAAAUGAUGCAGCAUCCAGUUCAACCGAUGUUUUCACACAUGGGUCAGCAGAUGUCUCAGCAUGGAGGCCAGCAAUUGCCACAGCAGCCAUUGCAACAACAAGCCAUUCAGCAGAUGCCUCCACAAGGUGGGCAGCACAUGCUGCAGCAUCAGAGCUUACAGGUGCCACAACAACAAGGACAGCAAUUUACAUAUCAGCAUUAUAUGGCGUAUCAGCAAAAUAUGCUUCCACUAAACCAACCAAGCUCACAGCAGCAGUUUCCUAAUCAACCUGAUUAUAAGGCUCCAUUACCAAAGAGGGGGGAAGGUGACUUUCAACAGGGAAACCAAACCAACUUUUCUCCAUCUCAUUUCCAACAGUCUGGUGCACCAUCCUCUCAAAGCCUCCCUGUGGGGGGCAAUCCAGUUUCAACGUCCCAGGCAGGUCCUCAUGUUAGUCAACCUAAGCAGUUCAAUGGUUCUGCUGUCAAUAUGCAACAGCCUGCUACCAUGGCCCAGGUGCAGCAAAGUGGGGCUGAUUUAAUUCAUCAGCAGUAUGGUCCUAGGUUCCAAAAUCAUGGUGGCUCAUCGAUGAUGCCCAGUCAGCAGUCUACUUUGGCUAAUAUGCACGGUAGGACUGGCGAUGAUUACUACUUUAGUUCUAAAAUGGAAGGGCCGCCUGCAGUGGGUUCUGGUCAGCCUAGCCUUGCAGCCAUACCAAUGGAGAGAAAUCAGCAGGAGUCAAGGAUGGCUGAUAUGCCAUUUCAAAAUGCCUCACAAGGUUAUGCUGGUGGACUUAAUUCAGCUGGCCAAACCAUGCACAAUAUUUAUAAUAAUGCUAGUGGUCGUCCUGCAUUUCCAAACAAUGCUGUCAUAAGGCCUCCUUUUGAUGCAGUUUUAGAUGCUAAGAACCUCUCAUCUGUAGAAGUUUAUCGCCAAGUGCAUGAAGUUACAGCUACGGGUGACGAUGUUCCUGCUCCAUUCAUCACAUUUGAGGCCAGUGGUUUCCCUCCUGAGAUAUUGAACGAUAUACGUGAUGCUGGGUUCCUAGCUCCUACUCCAAUCCAGGCACAAACAUGGCCAAUUGCUUUACGGAAUCGUGAUAUAGUGGCAAUUGCAAAAACUGGUUCUGGUAAAACACUGGGGUACUUGAUUCCUGCCUUCAUUCUUCUCAGGCAAUGUCGGAAUAAUCCUCAGAAUGGCCCCACUGUGUUGGUUUUGGCUCCAACAAGAGAGUUGGCCACACAAAUACAAGACGAGGUGAUAAAAUUUGGACGGUCAUCAAGGGUCUCUUGCACGUGCUUGUAUGGUGGAGCUCCGAAGGGCCCUCAACUAAAAGAACUAACCCGAGGUGCAGAUAUUGUAGUGGCAACUCCUGGUAGACUCAAUGAUAUCCUUGAAAUGAAGAAGAUAGAUUUUGGGCAAGUUUCCCUCCUUGUGCUUGAUGAGGCUGAUCGGAUGCUUGAUAUGGGUUUUGAACCUCAAAUCCGCAAAAUUGUGAAUGAGAUACCUCCGCGGAGACAGACACUUAUGUACACUGCAACCUGGCCUAAAGAAGUGAGGAAAAUAGCAAAUGAUCUUCUUGUGAAUCCAGUUCAGGUGAACAUUGGCAGUGUUGAUGAACUUGCUGCAAACAAGUCCAUCACACAGUAUGUAGAAGUAGUCCCGCAAAUGGAGAAGGAAAGUCGCUUGGGGCAGAUCCUUAGAGCACAAGAGAGAGGUUCAAAGGUUAUUAUUUUCUGCUCCACUAAGAGAUUGUGUGACCAGCUUGCACGUAGCAUUGGGCACCAGUUUGGGGCAGCUGCAAUUCAUGGAGACAAGUCUCAGGGUGAAAGAGACUGGGUUUUAAAUCAGUUCCGGAGUGGAAAGUCACCAAUUUUAGUUGCCACUGAUGUUGCUGCCCGAGGUCUUGAUAUCAAAGAUAUAAGGGUAGUGAUAAACUACGACUUCCCUACUGGGAUUGAGGAUUAUGUCCACCGAAUUGGCAGAACUGGGAGGGCUGGUGCAACCGGUGUGGCUUACACCUUUUUCUCAGAGCAGGACUGGAAAUAUGCACCUGAUUUGAUUAAAGUGCUGGAGGGAGCUAACCAGCAUGUGCCCCCUGAGGUACGAGAGAUGGCAUUGCGUGGUGGGCCUGGUCUAAGCAAGGAUCGAGGUGGGAUGAACCGAUUUGAUUCAGGUGGCGGGCGCUGGGAUUCUGGGGGUCGUGGUGGGAUGAGGGAUGGUGUUUUUGGUGGUCGUGGUGGGAUGAGGGAUGGUGUUUUUGGUGGUCGUGGCGGGAUGAGGGAUGGCGGUUUUGGUGGUCGUGGCGGGAUGAGGGAUGGCAACUUUGGUGGACGAGGUGGGAUGAGGGAUGGCAACUUUGGUGGACGUGGUGGGAUGAGGGAUGGCCCCUUUGGGGGCCGUGGUGGGAGAAAUGACUCAUUUUUUGGUCGUGGAAACAGGGGACGUGAAUUUGGUGGUAAUGUUGGUUGGGGCAGGAGUGAACGUGGCGGCCCACAUGAUCGCUACAACAAUAUGGAUGGUCGUGGACGUGGACGUGGAAGAGGAAGGUUUGAUGGUAGAAGAGAAAUUGUUGACAGAAGUAGGGAUAGAAGUUCUAGCCGUAGUCCUGAAAGAGUUAGAACAUGGGGCUAUAGCCGCAGUCGUAGCAGAAGUAGGAGCUGGAGUUGCAGUCGUAGUCGUAGUCGGAGUUGGUCUCGAGGUCAUAGUCGCAGCUACAGCCGUAGUCCUCGUCGUAGUCGUAGCUAUAGCCGUAGUCCUCGUCGUAGCCGAAGCCGAAGCCGAAGCUAUGACAGAUUUGAAAGGCCACGUGUUUCACGCUUUGAUGAGAAGGAUGUUACAGCUCCAGGAUCUGAAGCUCCUGAAUCAGGGAUGUCUCCUAUGUCUCCAGGUGCGCAUGGGAAUGUACAUUCAGGAGCAGAGGAGGUACCGAAGGUUGAGAAUGCUGUGCCUGUGGCAGUGGAUCCAGAGGCGCUAGAAGCCCCAGCCAUAGAAUCAGUACCUGAAACUUGAGUCAUGAAUUAUACAUCUUGUAGGUAUUUUAGCAGCGUGUCCAAUUUUUAAUUAUUGAAAUGCUGUUGUGACCUGGGGCUUGUAGCAUUGCUGGGGAUUUAUGGUGGUUAAUUGAUACAAAAGUGAUAGUGAAGGAAUUUUGGGCUCCCACAGUAAAUCUGCGAUAUGUAUGAAGUAUCAAAAUUCAAACAAAGUACUAUUUUGGUCUCAGUUGAGUUACAGUGUAGUUGAGCUUUGACCCACAAGAAAACUUGUACCAUGUUCCUACUGCUGGGUGUUGUGUUAUAAAACUUACUGUGGGAUGAAAGAAUUAUUCAUGAGCUUUAUUUUGAUUUUUGUCA